CUGAGUAAAGCAUAAUCUGUGGGCUUAAAACAAAACGAAGUGGUUACAAUUCUCUAUGGCCAGAUCCAGCCAGCAGCCAAAAGAAAUCCGUCAUUUAACCUUCCCCAAUUAUUUAGUUACAUUGUUAAUAUUUUACUUUGAGCCUAAAUUUUCAUAAACCAGCAAUCAUGGCGAAAAUGGCAUUUCAACACCAAGCCGGCACGGCUAUGGAGUGCCUCAGUAUUCCAAUCACUCUUCAAAAAGAAGCCGGUGUAGAUGCUGAAGGUCGUGAAGUUAUGAAGUGUGGGUUUAAAAUUGGUGGUGGUAUAGACCAAGAUUUCCGGAAAAGCCCCCAGGGUUAUACUGAUAACGGUAUAUAUGUCACUGAAGUUCAUGAAGGAAGCCCAGCUGCAAAAUCAGGAUUAAGGAUGCAUGAUAAAAUAUUGCAAUGCAAUGGUUAUGACUUUACAAUGGUUACACAUAAGAAAGCAGUAAGCUAUAUUAAAAAACAUCCAGUUCUAAACUUAUUGGUUGCAAGAAAGGGUGUCACGUCAACAUAACUACAAGUUGGUUUAAUAUGACAUCUUUUUUGUUUAAAAAUAAAACAAAGGAUAUACCAUUAUGAGGCAAACUGCCUGUAGCAUGACAUACUUGAAACUAUUGUUUUAGCAUGUUGUAAAUGGUUUGAAUUGCCUCUCUUAGUAAAUCCCUCUCUAAGUAUUAUUAUUACAAGCGAUUUUAUACUGUUAUUUAUUUUUAAAUAUAAGGGUUUAAAUUGUAUGUUAAUUAUGAAAAUGGAC